AUGGCCCCUCAUGGCCGACUUUCCAUUAUAUUGGCUUUUGUGCUUACCUCUGCGUCGACUGUAGUUGUAGCUCUCAGAUUCUACACUCGAUAUUUCUACGUUGGAAAGCUCACGUCCUCUGACUGGGUCAUGCUUCUGGCCCUUAUCGCAACAUGGCCAUCAGUGGUAGUUCAUUGCUUCAUGGUUCAUUUCCUCGAUUACAGCCACGUUGAGGACAGACCAGAAACGUUGAGACCAGUAAUUACCGGAUCACUACUGUCGAUCUGGCUAUACCGAGUCAACUUCAUCCUCAAUCUUUUUCUCAUCAAGACAUCGAUAUUACUAUUUUACAAUUCCAUCGCUGCAUCAAACAAACGCUUCCAAGUCGUCGUCCGUGUACUCCUCGCCAUCAUAGUCUUGGGAGGAAUAUCCAUGAUUAUCGCCUCAAUCCUCAUGUGUAUUCCCAUCACCGAUGCGUUCUCAUGGGAAGUAUGGGUUCGAGGGGUCUUCCAACACACCUUCGAUGCUCAUUGUUACAAUCCGAACCCGUUCUGGCUUUUCAACGCCAUCUACAAUCUUGCAACGGAUGUACUCAUCUGGACGCUACCCAUAUUGUUCUUCCUGAACCUUCCCACAAUGCCACUGAGACGCCGUCUCGAGCUGAUUGGUAUCUUCUCCGUCGGCAUCAUGGCCGUUAUAGCUUCCGCCUUCCGACUCCACACUACAAUCCUCUGGCUAUCCGAUUACACGCAGCAAGCACUAAGUACACCAGAUCUCUUGUUGUGGAGCCAAGUGGAACAGCAUGUCGGUCUCAUCGCAGCCUCCAUACCAUUUCUGCGACCACUCUUCCGCAGAGCGAUGGUCAAGGUGAGGAGCAGAGAGCAGCCUAGUCCAGGUCCCGGAAGGCGCUUGGUCGGAGACGGCACACCGGAGUGGACUCCCGGCAUGUUUAGGACGCCGAUCAUCCCAUCGCCUAGUCCGACAUUCAGCAGGUGUAGCCGGGAGUUUAGGCCACCCAGGAGCGCACUUCCGCCUAUCGAGCCUACGAGUACGUCGACAUGGGGCUCGUCUAUUUGGGAUGGAUCUCAUGUUCGGCAGGUGCUUCCAAGCUGA